UUUUUAGGAAAAAUUAUCAAUACUGGCAACACCGGGCCCGGCUAACAAAUGCAGAUAAAUUAAUAAACUAAUAACAAUUGACAAUCGUAUUUUAGGCAAAAUUCCUAAAAAUCGAGCUCAGCAUGCACCAGGAUCUAUACAAACGCAGUGUCGACAACUGCGAAAGACAGGAAAUUCGUCGGCAAAGGUUGUUGCAAGAACAAAAAAUUAAACGUUUGGAACAACAAGAUGAACUGAGGGAGUUGCGUGAAGUACACAAGCCUUGUGGAAAUCGACGGAGGUAUAAACAGCAAACCUUUCAAGAGAUUUAUGGAUCAGACUUGGCCCCCCAGCUGUCCGAAUGGAUGAGAGAAAAACCAGAAUGUUUAGAUGAUUGGCUAUUAGUACCGUGUCCAAAAGGCCAGCGAUGCCUGGUUGUAUCCUCGAGAGGAAAAACAAGAAUGUUUAGUAAAGCUGGACGAUUUCGUAUGUCUUUCAAGUCAUAUUUGCCUGGAGGUGGAGCAUCUGUAAAACAUGGAAGUGGAUUUUCCAUUUUGGAUUGCAUUUACAAUACCGACAACGACACCUUUUACGUAUUGGAUGUAUUGUGGUAUGGCAAACAAUGUUUCCUGGAUUGCGAGGCGCAGUUUAGAUUCUUUUGGCUUAAAUCGAAAUUUGAUGAAUUGGACGAUGAAGCUGAAGAAAGAGAUUACGUGGGGGAUAAUAUUAAAAAAAUCAGCCUUAUAAAUAGUUGUGACAUUGCCAACAACGUUCUGACGGCCCAAAUGCUACAAAUGUAUCCUUUGUGGCCUGAAAAUAGGCCAGAACUGGAUGGCUUUUUAUUCUAUCACAAGGAUGCUAGUUAUACAUGCGGCCCCACGCCGCUAGUUUGUUGGCUCUUCCCCUUUAUGGUGCAGGAUGUUUUAGAAAUGUCCGUCAACAGUAGUUAUGAACCACCACCCAACUACUCCUCCCCCUGGCUCUACAUGGACGAGUUUGACAAAGAUUUGGCGCGCAAACGACACAAGAGACAAACAAAACAAAUGAAUUGUUCUGUUGACACAGAUACCAUGAACAGUUUUUCAACAGAAAUGGGUGAGGGUGUGGAAGGAGAGGAGUUGAGAACGAAAGAAGACACAGCCACCGAACAAUUUUUUGUGGGAGAGAAGGAUUGCGAUUCUUUGGAGCGUAUAAUGAGUGCCGAGCGUCUGCUAGAAAUGGAGGGAAUUUCGGAAAUGUGAAUGGAUGCGAUGCAUAUGCUUUUGUAGAUGGAACGUUUUGUAUUUCAGACAUGCGCAGUACACUUCAUAUUCUCACAAAGGACACACAAAACCUAUCUAUGGCCGCGUUGGGGCUACAGACACAGUGAAAAUUAGAAUUAAAAGCACAACUGCAGACAUGCAAAUGUUUCGUAAAGGACAAUAUUAAAUAAAGCAAAUCCUAACAGAGUGUAAAGGAAAA